GCAAGACUGAGGUAAUUUAACCAAGUGAACACAAACUGCAAUAAAAUAUGAAAUUAACUUUAGAUAUGUAAAUUUUAAUUCAACAAGAUACUGAUCAUAUUUUUUUUCUAGCUCUGGAAGUUAAACACAAACACAUCUAUAAAAUGUAUUUCUGUUAAUCAACAAAUAGGCCAUACAACAUUUUGCAAUAUGUUUGUAUUAAAAACGUUCAAAAAGUACUGGUAUAACAGGUUUACUCCCAGUCACACAGUCGCCAGAAUGCCAUUUAAAACAUGAUCAUACGAGCCUGUGGCUCUUAUCACAAGUUUGAACAGAACAAACAGAUCGAUGUGGGCUACUAGCAGUGCUAAAGUGCAGAAUUCAGAGUAAAAAAGAGAGGAAAAGAUGUCGUUUGAAGGAAAGAUUUAUCAAGAUUUGACCACGGAUGAGGUUUCACCUUCUCAUCGACAAACAUUUGGACAAGAUCUGUUUGCAGAAAUGGGUAAAUAUACAUUUCAACACCAGCGACUGGUUGUAAUAAGCCUGGGCCUCCUAAAUGCUUCUUUACUGAUUUCUGCUGCUGUCAUUGGGAUUUGCUGUGCGAACGCCAAAGACCUUCAGGUUCCUGAUUUAGCAGCUUCACCCCUCCUUGUUGAGGUGAACUUUCUCCGCAACCACACAGAAAUAAUAAAAGAGAGAAAGGAGAUCCAGAACACACUGGAGAAAGAGCGUGCCAACCAUUAUCAACUAAAGCUGGAAGCGAGGCAGAAGGAGACUCUGACUGUCAACCUUCAGAGGAAAAUUACCAUCCUGCAAACAGAGAAGACAAAUCUCCUGUCCAAUGCAUCUGCUCUUGAGAAAAACUGUGGCAGGUGCCCUUCGGGAUGGCUCCUACUGGAAUCGUCAUGCUACUACUUUUCUAACUAUGAACCGGAAUCAAGAAAGAACUGGUCAGACAGCAGAGCUGACUGCAUUCGCCAAGGAGGUGACCUGCUCAUAAUCAACAGCUUGGAGGAACAGCAACUCAUAAGUACGAAUUUUCCGAGGACAGACAGCAGUAGCAUGUGGUGGAUGAAUGGGUUCUGGAUCGGCCUUAGUGAGCUGAAACAUCUGGGAACGUGGACAUGGACGAACAACGUGACAGAGACGUCCAUAAUGUACUGGAGAAGUGGGCAACCCAGUCGUACUGGACCUCAGAGUGGGAACUGUGCUGCUUUUCAUUACUAUGGAGACACAAUGAGGACUUGGUACACUGGAAACUGCCAGCAGCAUCUACUGAACUGGAUCUGUGAGAUCAGGCUCAACAAUUCAAAAAUGGAGGAAAUGCAAAACUCAGGUCGUCCAUAUGACAAACUGAUUAGUCUGGAGGAAACCACUGAAGAUGAGCCUCAUCCACCAUCAAAUCAGGAAAAUCAAGUGACUGUGUCGACGAUGAGACCUGAAUCCACCAUAAAUCGUUACAAACUGCUAACAGCGAGCCUAGCAGUGUUGGCAGUGAUUCUGCUAAUGCUUAAUAUUGGCCUGGGAGUAUACUAUAACAAACUAACUGAAAACAACAUAGUGAGAGACAUCACCGGAGAGAUAAGAAAACUUGAGCUUUCUUAUGAAGCUGCAGUGCAAAGCAGGGAUGAAGUCAAGAAACAGCUGGCAAUGGAGAUCAGCGAACAGCAAGUCGUCAAGUGGGAGCUUGAACACCACACCAUGAUUAUCAAAACCUACGAAAAGCAGGUGGAAAAGUUGCACGUGGACAUUGCAUCGUUGAAAUCCCAUUUACCAAUGAUAAAGGAGGGCUGCAGACACUGUUUGCCUGGAUGGACUUUCAUGAGCUCAACCUGCUAUUACUUCCCGUUUUCUGACACUUUGUACCGCACAACAUGGAACGAGGCCCGGCAGUUCUGCAGAAGGCAGGGAGGAGACUUGGCCAUUGUGAACAACAGAGAAAAGCAUCUUGGAAUAACUAGGCUUAUAACAGUUAAUCAAGACCUUUUGAGACCAAUGUCGCAAAGCGGUUUCUGGAUCGGACUGAGAGACGUGGAAGAGGAAGGGGUCUGGAAAUGGGUGGAUGGGACGAGACUGACUGACGGGUACUGGAACGUCGGAGAGCCAAACAACUCAAACAAUGAGGACUGUGCCGCAGUGUACCCCAAAAGCAACCCAUUCAUGUCUUGGAAUGAUGCACCGUGCAAUUAUAACUUGAAGUGGAUUUGUGAAAUGGCACCGAGGUCUUUCGGAUAACAAAAUCACUCUUUUUAAAGUCCUACUUUUAUUUGCUGAAGCAACAAUUGAGCAUCACUACAGAGACUCUUUUGUGCUGUUUCUUUAUUGUUUAUCCAACAUAACCUAUAAAUGGCAGGGAAGGUCAAAUUACAAAAAUUGUGUCUGAAAAUACAUCCAUUUUAGUUUUUUGUACAACAAAUAUUUGAUCCCAC